AUGGCACCAACGGCAGCUAUGCUCAUACUGGGUUAUAACAGCAGAUCAGCUUCACACCCAUCUCCUCCUCCUCCUACUCCCCCAUCAACUGCACCAGUUUUCCAAGUGAAGGCCUUGGCAUUGAAGUGGCUUUCAGACAAUUCCAUAAUUCAACAAACGUCUGAAACAAAGCAGGCCAUGGUGAGUCGGUCGUCUUCAUCUUCGGACUCUGCUGUGGAAAAGAGGUAUCAAGAAGUCCUUGAACUCAGCUGCUGGAACAAUAAUCUCGCUCUCUCUCUCUCCUGUUAA